GAGAAAAUUAUUUUAGUUAAUCAAAUUGGUUAAUUGUAUAGAGAGAGUCCUCCAUUACCAUUAGCGUCGAGCAACAACGCCCACCCACUUUCACACCAACUUCAUCACACAACUCUCCUCCUUCACUUUUUCCUUGAAUCUCUCUUCUCGCUGACGAAUUAACAAUAAAGAAGAAAGAAGAUUAAAGUGACGAAAAUAUUCCUCCAAGUUCACUUUCCUGAGAAUCUGCAAAUAAAGCAAUUGAAGUUCCUUUUUUUCUUUCUAAUUAGUUGGUUCUUUGUCUCAACCCUUCUCUUUUUUCCGUCGAGUCCGAUCAAAAUCGAAAACCCGUUUAGUUCUUCAUCAAAAGUGAUCAGAUUAUUCUACCGGUGAAAUUUGAGAGAAUGAAUGAAGCAGAUUGUUGGUGAAAUGUUUGGAGACUUUCUGUAGAUCGAAACCUCUGAUUUAGUAUUCCUAGAGAAGGUUAAAGGAGUUUCCUAAAAGUUUCAAACCGGCUUUGUGAAUUUGAAAGAAGAGAAGGAGAUGGGCUGUGUUUCUUCUUGCUUUCGGGUCGAAGACUUUGAGGAUUACCCGAAUCCAAGUAGUUCUUCUGUUAACAGAACCUGCCCAUGCCCGAGAUGUCUCGUUAAUAACUUCCUUAACCUGUAUAUCUCUUUAUUCAGAAGAGGCGAACCCCGCUCUCUCCCGUCCUCUUUACAGGCUACUAAUGUAUCAAUAGCUUCAUCUACUUCGUAUGAUAACUUUACGUCAAAUACAUUCCAUUCUACUCCAAGGCCUCUGCCUUAUGAUACUGAUCCAAGAUACUUCCGGUCAAGGCGUGAUUCCCUUGUCUCAAGACGCGAUAAGGGUUCAAGUCAUUCUCAUGAGGAAGCUGAGCCCUUAAGAGGCGAUGCUGAUGUGGAUUCUGAGUCUUUCUCAGUGGAAGGAAGCAAAUGGACUAAUAAGCUUAUUAUCUCUGGUGAAGAUUCCAAAGAAGAGUUCUCUAAAUCCUCUCGAAGGAUUCUUCAGUCAAGGACAAUGGCUACUGGUAAUGAAGGCGUGUAUAUAACAUCUGAUGAUGAAGAUGUCUGUCCAACGUGUCUUGAAGAAUACACAUCAGAGAACCCGAAGAUUGUUACAAAUUGUUCUCACCAUUUCCACCUCAGUUGCAUUUAUGAAUGGAUGGAGAGAAGUGAAAACUGCCCUGUUUGUGGAAAGGUGAUGGAGUUCAACGAAACACCGUAACCUGUUACCAUUGAUCCCGUCUUGUACUGCCUAAACCGAAGCUGGGGAGAUUGACAAGGCAGCAGAGAGAUGUGCAAGCUGAUUUGGUCUGUGAAUAUUUUUAACAAUUGUCUAUGGUAUAUAUAUAUGAUGGGGAAUGAGGAAAUGUCUCUCUGCACGUUUGGCUAAUGGAGUUCUGAGGUAACCCUCUAGAGAGAAAACAGCAGCAGCAGCAAAACACAUGCUCACAGGAAUCUGACAUGUUUCCUAGGAUUUGCAUAUGGGGCAGUGUUUUGAUCAAGGCAUGAAACUUUUUACAUCAUUUUGUAUGAAUUACCUUAAACCUUUAUGAAUAUAUAUGUGAUGCUUAUAAUUUUGCGAUA